AGAACAUUACUCAAAACUCUUAUGUGUGUCGGCAUUGCAACUGCCUAUCCUAAUUUUAAAGAUAUCCUUCCGAAUGGAAACGAAGUACCACAUCCAUGUAAAGCGAACUACGUUUGGCAUGGUGUAGGCCACAACAAUCCACUUGGAGGUGGAAGUAGAAACCAGUUUGGUUUGGAUUUUAAAACAGCGGGAUUGUCAUGGACACCUGAAUUAUGUAGAAAAGAUUCUGAUGGAGACGGAAGAACAAAUGGCGAGGAACUUGGAGAUCCUGAUUGUGUCUGGAAACAAGGGAAUUUACCAUCACGUUUAACAGAUAUAACACACCCAGGAGUGUGCACGUUAUCAGAUGGGUCUAUCUGUGAUGCUGACAAGGGAUGGAUAGAUUGUCAAGUGGAAGACGGACUGGAAAACUGCAAUGUUAUGAAAGAACCAGAGACAUUAAAUACAACCAUUCGUUUUCCUGAGACGGCAGUGCCAGCUGAAGAAACAACGUAUUCCUGUAUGAUCUUCAAUCUUCCUUCUGACCAAGAUUAUCAUCUGGUGGCAUAUGAACCUUACAUAGAUAAUGACAAGGUCAUGCAUCAUAUAUUAAUUUACGGAUGUGAUCCGAAUGAGGCCACAGUACCAGACGAACAGCUCAACACAGUUACCAAAUGUGGCAUGGGAGCAGGUGGUAGCUGUAAUAAACUCAUCGGAUUAUGGGCGGUUGGAUUUCCUGGAUAUUGCAUAGAUGGACCAAUGGGAUUCCGUUUUGGUCAAAAUGGAUUCAAACAGGCCGCAUUAGAGUUUCACUGGAACAAUCCACAGUUAGUAGCGGAUUGGAAAGAUUCAUCGGGAGUUACUCUUUACUAUACUCCGAAACUUCGAGCAAAUGAUGCUGCCAUAUUGCAGACUGGUCAGUCAUAUAUUGAAAUUCCACCUGGACAGCAGAGUUACACAGUAGUUGGGAAAUGCCAUGCAGAAUGUUCAAGGAAACUAAUACAAGAACCAAUCAACAUAUUUUGGGCUACAAAUCAUAUGCAUUAUUUAGGACAUGAAAUGAGUAUUCAGGUAUACAGAGACGGUGUGUUUUAUACAGAACUUACAAAUGAUGCUAUUUAUAACUAUGACAGUCCUGUAGAGAACAAGUACUCAACUGCAGUCCAAGUGCUACCAGGAGACGAAAUAAUAACGACAUGCAAGUUCAAAUCCCUUUCAAGGCCAAAGACCACGUUUUAUGGUGACGCUACAAGUGACGAGAUGUGUUUCGGAUUCAUGGCUUUUUACCCUGCUGCAAACAUGCCAUUCUCUACGUGCACAGCAUGGAAAGAUAUCCCAGUAUGUAAUCUGUGGCUUCAACAAGAACAUAACGAUUGCAAAUGGGCUGAUUUUAUAUUUGUCAAUGUAAAUGAAACAAAGCGUAUAAAAGAUGAAGUAAUGGCAAAUUGUAAACCGUUCGGGAAUUGUCUAUCUGAAUGCAAAGCGACACUUCAGGUCCUUUUUGCAGAGCAUCCAUGCAUGAAAGGUGACGUAUACGAAUUGAUCAAACAAAUGACUAUUCAGUGGGACAAUAAGGAAAUGCAGGGAUUCAUUUUGGCAGUUGAUUCAUGUAAAGCUGAAAUGGCUGCCGAUUUGUACCUUCAAAACCUUCAAAAUGACAAUACUAAUGGAUCUUACCGGUUGGAUGGUAUCAGUUCACUACUGGUAUCUCUGAUUGUUUAUAUGAUGAUGAAUUAAUUAUUCUUUACUGUUUGUAGUCUAAAAUCAAAAGUUAAAACAAGAGGUAAAAUGUAGGCCUAAUUGAAGCCUCUAUCUUCCCGUGCAUCUACAACUGAUAGGUAUGAUACACAAACAUCGAUGACAUUAACACUUGGGCUUACAUUUCGUGAGUGUAUAACAUCCUAUGUUAUGGAACUCCCCGAUUCCCGUUCACUUAAUGCAGAAGUCAGCUAAUCUAACUUAAAACUUGGCUGUGUGAAGUCAACGCUUUUAUCACCAUAACCCCAACAAACACAUAACUAUAGAUGAUGUCCAGAACAGUUUAAUCUGGUAUAUUUUUGCCAACUGUCCGUUAUAGUCGCGUUUACGCUGAUCGAUUAUAAGUUUUACUGCACCAGUAAUAAUAAAAUACACUAUCAAGGAUAAAAAAAAACUCCGACUUACCACUGAGAAAAAAUUAUACAAAGGAAACAAUCGAGGAUCUGAGACCUCUUCAUUGCUCACCCAUUUGAACAAAAACAUUUUAGAGCAAAGAAUUUUAUUAUCUCUUUGAUUGUCUCACAUUAAAAGCAAGUUAGUUUCCAUCUUAGAAGCUCAUAUUUCAUUUCAUCUUUUCAGUGUUUUUAAGAAUUUUACUUGCACAUUUUUGUGUUAAUACUUUAUACAUAUUUCGAUAUUCAUGAAUCUGAAUAAAUGAUAUACAUUAUUGUU